UCCGCUCGCCUCCCUCUCCGGCUCUCCACGCGCCGCCGCCUCCCAUGGCGUCGCUGCUCCGCAUCCAAGCCCUCGCCCCAGCUCUAACCAUCCCCCGCCGCCGCGGCCUCCCCUCCCCUCUCCGCCUCGCCGCGGCUCCCCUUGCACGCCGCCUCUGCGCCGCUGCCUCCAGCGACACGCCGGAGCAGCCCGCAUCCAAACCGGAUCUGGAGUCAGGUCUGUAUCUUGUGGCAACGCCAAUUGGGAACCUUGAAGAUAUCACGUUAAGGGCACUGCGUGUCCUUAAAUGUGCUGAUGUGAUACUAUCUGAAGACACAAGGCAUUCUGGAAAGCUGCUUCAACAUUACAACAUCAAGACACCUCUUCUUAGCUUCCAUAAGUUCAAUGAGCGUGAGAGAGAGCCCAGUAUCAUUAAGAGGCUUCAUGGAGGAGAAGCUAUUGCAUUGAUAAGUGACGCUGGUACACCAGGCAUUAGUGACCCUGGCAUGGGACUGGCUAGACUAUGUGCAACUGAGAAAAUCCCUGUCAUUCCGAUUCCUGGACCUUCUGCUGCAAUUGCUGCUCUUUCUGCAUCGGGUUUGCCAUCUAAUGAAUUCACUUUUGUCGGGUUUUUACCAAAGCAUGCUCGAUCAAGGAGAGACAGGCUUGAAAUAUCUGCUCGUGAAGCUGCAACACAAAUAUAUUAUGUUCCUCCCCAUGGCAUUCAUCGAUUUCUUGUUGAUUCUGCCUCGUCUUUUGGUGAUUCUAGGCCAUGUGUUAUUGCAAGGGAGAUAACCAAAUUACAUGAAGAGUUUUGGCGUGGAACUUUAGGUGAAGCAAAUGAAGCUUUUGCAACUCGACAGCUGAAGGGAGAAAUCACAGUGCUCAUAGAGGGCAAGCUAAUUCCAGCUGAUGAAACUCCAUCAGAGGAAUUUCUUGAGCAUGAACUUAGAGAACUGGAGGCAAAGGGACACACUCUUUCAGCGGCGGUGAAAUUGGUUACUGAAGCUACAUCAGCAAAGAAGAAAGAUGUCUAUGCACUUGCAUUGAGGUUGUUUGGAAAAUGAGUAAAAUGCAACUUUUGCUCACAUCUGGUGUUUCGGACGCUUCCUGUGCUAGUACUGCUAAAGUGCUGAAAAUUUCAGACUGAAAUCUUCCGCUAUUUCAGACUGAAGUCAAAAGGCAGAGAAAUAGAUGGAAUGAUGGAUUCCAUUUUCCUCUUGCUAUCAAAAGCCAGAAGUGGAACUAAUGUCAUGCCAUUGCCGUCCUUCCACAGCCCAUCUUUCAUCCUCGCCACCAUAAACAAUUGAUUAAGAACUGUCAACCCCAAUUCAUGUGCUACAUGCUCCUUGGUGCCUAUUCUGGCCUGCAUACCAUGAUGCGUGCCAAUCACAGCAGAUUCACCACUGGAACAUAUGAUAAACACCCCACAAUAAACAUUGUGUAACUAUUAAGAAUCGAGAGAGUCGUGCCACCGCGCAGAUGAAACAUUUUGUGUCGUGGCUCUCAAUUACAGUGUUAACUUUCACGCAAAGCUUGGCAGUUUGAAA